UUCAAAUAUUUUAAUAUAUUCUUUUCAAAAUUUCAAAGUUUUCAACAUUAGUGCAAAAAACAAUUUUAAUAUGGAACUUCUGCCUGAAGAUUGUUUUGCACACAUUUUAUCAUUUACAUCACCUAUCGAUGUGUGUAGAGUUUCUCUAAUGUCUUCGGUUGUACAAUCUAUGGCAGAUUCAGAUAAUGUGUGGGAGAAAUUUUUGCCACAUGAUUAUCAUGGAAUUAUUUCUAGGCUAGUGGAUCCCUCAUUGUUGUGUACGUCAAAGAAAGAACUAUUUGUCACGUUAUGUAAACCGCAACCAAUUGACGAUGGUAACAAGAUGUUCUCAAUUGAGAAAAGAACAGGAAAAAUAUGUUACUUGUUGAGUGCAAGGGAGCUUUCAAUUACAUUUGGAAACACCCCUCUCUAUUGGUCCUGGAAACAUGUUCAAGGCUCAAGAUUUGCAGAAGCUGCUGAACUUAGAACCAUUUGCUGGCUAGAAAUAAAGGGAAGCAUAAACAGUGAAAUGCUAUCUCCAAAAACAAUAUAUGGAGCAUAUCUAAAAGUAAAAAUUGCUGAUCGUGCUUAUGGGUUAGACUCAUUACCAUCAGAGGUGUCUAUAGAAGUUGGUAACUAUAGAUCACAAGAAAAAGUAUACAUACGUUCACACUGCAAAAUAAAUGAAAAAGCAACUUGUCACUGCAAAUGUGAGCAUGAUGAUGAAUGGUUGGAGAUUGAGUUAGGGAGUUUCUACACCGAAUCAGUUCAAGUUCAAGAGGUUAGAAUGUGUCUCAAGGAAGUCAAAGGUGUGCACUUGAAAGGUGGGCUAAUUGUUGAUGGAAUUGAACUACGGCCCAAAAUUUUGUAACACUUUUAUACGAUUAUUUUUGAGAAAUGAUAUUUAUACAACCAAUUUUGAAUAACUUUUAAACAACUUUCUCUUUCA